GGCUGGAAAGUUUAAGUGCGCCACGGGCUGCUGUCGCGCGGACCCACCCGGGUCCCUGUCCCACACUUGCCGUCGCUGUCCGCGUCACCCCGCGCAGAUGGUGGGGGCGGGCUGGAGGCCCCGCUCUCUGUCCUCAGGAGCUGUACCUGCCUUCUAGCCUGCUCGUCUAGCGUGAUGGCUGUGGACAUAGAAUACAGCUACAGCACUAUGGCCCCCUCUCUGCGCAGGGAGCGCUUCACCUUCAAGAUCUCCCCCAAACUGAGCAAGCCUCUGAGGCCUUGCAUUCAGCUGGGCAGCAAGGAUGAAGCCAGCGGCAUGGUGGCCCCCAUGGUGCAGGAGAAGAAGGUGAAGAAGCGGGUGUCCUUCGCCGACAACCAGGGGCUGGCCCUGACAAUGGUCAAAGUGUUCUCGGAAUUUGAUGACCCGCUAGAUAUUCCGUUUAACAUCACGGAGCUGCUAGACAACAUCGUGAGUCUGACGACAGCAGAGAGUGAGAGCUUUGUUUUGGAUUUUCCGCAGCCUUCUGCGGAUUACUUAGACUUCAGAAAUCGACUUCAGAACAACCAUGUCUGCCUCGAAAACUGCGUGCUGAAGGACAAAGCCAUCGAGGGCACCGUCAAGGUCCAGAACCUGGCAUUCGAGAAGGUUGUGAAGAUCAGAAUGACAUUUGACACCUGGAAGAGCUUCACAGACUUCCCUUGUCAGUACGUGAAGGACACUUACGCUGGUUCAGACAGGGACACGUUCUCCUUUGACAUCAGCCUACCUGAGAAAAUUCAGUCUUAUGAGAGAAUGGAGUUUGCCGUGUGCUAUGAGUGCAACGGCCAGGCGUACUGGGACAGCAACAAAGGCAAAAACUACAGGAUCAUACGGGCUGAGCUCCGAGCCACUCAGGGAGCGAUCGAGCCGUACAAGGGACCGGAUUUUGGAAUAUCCUUUGACCAGUUUGGAAGCCCUCGGUGUUCCUUUGGACUGUUUCCAGAGUGGCCUAGUUAUCUGGGCUAUGAGAAACUAGGGCCUUACUACUAAUGACUACAGCGGAUAGUCUGUGGCUCUGGAUCAAGGCGAAGGAGAGAAUGCAAGACAAGAGUGAAGAUGAACUGCCAUUAGGCACGGUCUUUGAAAAGAUAGGCUCCUUGUUCACCUUUUUCUUAAACCAGAGAGUCCGGGGUGUUUCCAUAGCGAUUGGUUUCUUGCCCGGAGGAGAGGAGGUGCGCUGAUUCCCUGCGGCAUCCGGGUUGGCCACAAGGGAAUGCGCAGGAUGGUGCCAGAAGGGUCUGGAGAGGAGCCAAGCUGGCAAGAACGGAGGAAGCCGGCCUCUCCUCCACACUCGGAAAGUCAGUCACCUAGAAGCCAGUCUCCAGUCUCUUCCAGCCUUAACACUGACCUUGGGGUCCCGCCCCGCCCACGCGUUUCCGUGUGUUGCCUUCAUUCCGCCUGUACUCGGUGCCCCCUUUAUCUCAGCUCUGUGGCACACUGGCCUGAUUCCCCGCCGCCUCAGAGGAGGGACUGGGGCAGCCCAUUUCUGUGCAAGUUCAUGUUCUACAUCCCCCCCCCCCCCCGCCCCAGUCCAGCCAGUGAUCUGGACAAGAUAACAGAAGCUUAAGUAGCUUGUGGCAGGGAUAGGCAUUUCCUCUCCCCUCUUUCUGACCCCUACUUUAUAUUCCAGCAGAGACCAACAUACCAGUUACUGGAAACAUAUUGGUCUCCGCGUGGGAUCACGGGGUACAGCACUGUGACAAAGCAGGACAGUCAUAACUUCUAGCUUUUCCUGUUGGAUUUUGGGGGCGCUUUUCAAGCACUCAGUUUCACCCCAAGUUACCAGGAAACUCAACGACAAGAUCCGUUUUCACUGCCAGGCUGCUGUGUGAGCUGAUUCUCUUAGGGGAGAAUCAUAACUCCCCUCCUGGAGAGUCCACUUCAAUGCUGAGUCUGAGACUUUCAAAUAGCAUGUCUGGUAUAGCCUCGAAGCCUCCAGAAAAUGCUUAGGUUUGUCUGCAGUACACAGUCAUAUUCAGGAUGCUUCGCAAACCCCCACGGACACUGAUUGGGUGUUUUUACUUAUGGUUUGUAUUGUAAAGGGAUAGGGGGGAAAAAAAACCUCACCAAGUUUUGCUAUGUUAUUUUAAAUGUUUGUCAACUCUGCAGCAUGAAUUUUUCUUAACCAUAUUGGACUGCAGUGCAUUAUCAAAUGCUAUUUUGAGACUCCUAGAGCUUUUACUGUUGGGUGGACCCCCAAAACCUGUGAUUUUUCUCUUGGGUAAAUUAAAAUUAUAGGGGAGUUUGAGAA